AUGCGUGAACGAAAAGCAUACAUUGUAGUGAUUAUCCUUGUUCCUUUGCGCACCCUAAAGCACACUGAGAAAGAAGUCAUGUCAGCAUUAGGCAAAUUGACAAACUCAAUAUUCUCCGCGACAAAUGAAAAUAAUGUCCAGCUAGCUGCUAUCAAUUUCGAUUUUACGCUUCUGAAGUUCGAGGCACCCAAAGAGUUUGGACCGUUGGGAUCAGCUUUAUCCCGUCGUCGUCGACAGGACGCCGAAGAAGGUCAGCCUCAUCGAACCGCGCGCCGGUUAGGUGCUCUAUUCGAGGAUCUCAUACCAGACUCUCCCAGACUGAUCGAGUCAUUUGGCACCAGGGUCUCCCAGGUGGUCCAAACCCCAGGAGUCAGUCCUCCUGGUUCCGGGAUCGACGGUCCAUUUGAGCCAUAUGUAGGGGCUGAUGGAACCACGCUCUGGGCGGCUGCGACGUCAGGAGUGGCGUCCAUCGGUGUCUACCUGUUGUCGUGCCUGCUGGCCCGCGCGUGGGACGCAAAACAGGCCACUGCCAUCUGGGUCGAACUCAUCAAGCAGAGGAAACAGGAGAUUGAACAGACGUAUGCAGAGAACAGGAUUGUGGCCGCAGCGACUCUCUUCGCGGCCCGGCAGGAAAUCUCGCGCGAUGACCUGGCCCGAUGGGACAAUAGUGCGAGGUCCUGGCUGCGCAGUGCAGAUCGAGCAAAGCAAUUCGAGGUUGCGCAAUUAAACCUGAUUCAGAGAAAUCUGACCCUCCCCGUGCCUGCAAAUACCUCCACAUAUGCCAGUGUAAUCAGUACCUGGCAGCAAACCAUGCUAGGACUGGAAGCGCUGUUGGGCGGCACACCCAUCAUGAUUUCGAAUGGGUCCCUCCUCUUGGCUUUCUCCUCGUGGCAUCUAUUUCCCGAUUUGAUCCUGCUGGGGAACAAGACAACCCAUGUGAAAUUUCGCGACCAACUCUUCCCCCCCGGAGGGACGGGAACUAUCAAUAGCGAAGAGGCAUCGGACCCGAACCUUGAAGGGGGCCUGAAAUGGUCUCUGACGCUUUCCCAUCUGAAAUACUAUGGAGACCCAGUUGUGGCUCGCAGUAAGCAGGACUUCACCCGCGUCACCUUUCGUCAAUUCAAAGUGGUGCUCCUAGGGAGCCUGUGUCGUGAGUGGAAGAUGAGCCCUCGUGAGAUUGACCUAGUCGCCCAGUGGCUCUUGGAUAUCUGGUCUAUCCUUGGAGAAUUGGCCUCGGACGCUCGCAGUCGGUUUCAAUGGCUCAAACAUCUCGUUGAUGCUGCCCAGGAUCUGCUUCACUGUGGAGGGCUGAUGAAACAGACCACUACGCAGCUCGUUCAAUAUGGUCACCGAAGAGGCAAAUCCUUCCUAUUGGAUCGUUCCGAAUUCCUGGUUCCCUAUUUUGGAAUCUGCAAUCACCGGACCCUGGCGGCUCUGUCACAACACAACGAUCGAGAUUGCGCAAUAGCCUAUCUGCGACAACUGGCGGUGGAGUUGAGACUCGGGCCAGAAGAUGCGGUGAUAUGCUACGCGCUCGGAGCGUCUCAAUGCACCGAUCCAAAAAUGGUCCAGCAUUGGGAGAUUGCCUCCGCUGUGGCUCAAGCCGCACAAAAUAGAAAAAGGGACCUGGACGGUCACCUUCUCUCUUCGGAGCAGCGCCACUCCAGACUUUUUAUGAAAAGGUUGCACAAUCAAGGGUUCAGCAACAAGCCAAUCUCCCUGGAAAGCUUGAUGUCCAAGUGUAUUGAACAGGGUGAAAACUGCUCCGUAAUUACGACCAGCCAGCCCAUCUGCCAGAAAAACCAAAAGGGGCCCAAGAUUAGCAUAGAGGUUCCAGAUUUUCCAGUCUUCGAUCCGUCAGCCGCAACUGGCCGUGUUUCCUUGGACGAAUGCAGCAGGCAAUGGACUAAAUACAUCCUGAUAUACGGCGACUGGAGACUAGGACUCUAUGUCAAAGAAUCAGGUCCGGAGCAGUACUCUAUGGAGCUCCAUGACACGGCGGUCUCAGCGGCAAAAGGACUACUGAGUCCGGCCAGUAAAAUACAAGAAUUCGAGAAGGCAAAUAUAGACCCUGGCAUGCUAGCUGAUUAUCUUUCCUUGAUCGCCGUGGAGGAACCCCCGAAGUCAACUGAUCCGUGGUCAUGGCCAAAGGAAGAUUCAGCAUAUAAUAGAAGGGCACCGGGCAUGUCCAUGGUGAGAGCAUAUUCUUUCCUGCCCAUCAAUUUCUGCAACUCCCUCCAUGGGUUCAGCAUGGCUGCAGAAGUGUAUGAAAAUCUGGGCGAUGCAACGGUUUCUCUCAAGAUUUUAUCACAGCCACUCUAUGAGGCAUCCUGGCUCCCCGACCCAUUGUGGUUUCCACUGACAAUCUCCAAACUCCCCGUUGCCCUGAUCCAAUGCACAGCUGCUAACUUUCUUCCGGCCGCGCUUCCUCAUUUGGACCGCGCCAAUGCAUUCUCCUGCAUUGCCCGAUUUGAAACGGGUCUGAUCGAUCUCGACCCUAAAGACAUUGGCACCGCUCUGGCGCUGUGCUCGGAAGACUCCAUCUUCGUGGCCGCAGUUGUCCUCUCCGAUCCAUUCGAUCGGCCUGCCUCGCACGAUAUUCGGCGUAUCCUGGGCAAUAUCGGGCACCCUGGUCUCACCCUCUUGGUCGCGCCGCAGGAACCCAGGAUACGAAAGCCCAGCGACGCCUUCAACGUAGUCGCUCAUGCUUCGUAUGACUUUCAACGCGAGGACAAUUUCACUGGUACCUCUCUGCACCUCUCAUUCACAGAUUGGAAAUUCCCACUCAAUCCAGGGGAUGAGAGAACAAUUGACCAGGAAGUGAUGGUGGUGGAAUCAGUCAUUUCAGUCCUUGACCGAGGCAGGUGGGUCGCCGACCUGGACAUUACGUGCAUAGAUUUUGAACAACUGUCGCGUGUCGCGAAUGUGUGUGGCAAGCAUGAACGCAACGCUCAUGACUCAAACUACGACUAUUUCUCUAUCGAUUCUUGGGAUGAGCUACUCGAUGUGCCGGAAGGGGUUGGCGUCUUUCGAGCCCAUGCUAACUGGGCCGCUCGUUUGGCCGCUGUUAGUAUUCUCUCUCAGCAGAGUCAGGCCCAUAGUGUUGCGGUCUUCGGCUGUCAGCCCGUAUGCUUCAAAUGCUUCGAGGAAGAACGCGAGGAGGGAGUGCGGUUCCUUACAAAUCAUGAGUCUCCUCUUCCGUCCAUUUGUAUUGAUUGA